AUGCAGAGAAAAAUAUGGGUGAAACGACCCGGUGCUUCCCCGACCCGAGUCGAAAUCGCCGAAGACGACCUGGUUGAUAACGUGCGCGAUGUCAUCUUACAAAAAUACGCCAAUUCCCUCGGUCGCACCAUCGACGCCCCGGACAUUACGCUCAAAAUCAUCAGCCGUGAACAUAACAAUAAAAAUGUGAGCGCCGAGCGUCCCUUGGGUCCCGAGGAGCCCAUUGGUGCCACCCUCGACGCAUAUUAUCCUGGCGGCCAACAGGUUGAUGAAGCUCUCAUCAUUGAAGUAGCUGCCCGCAGAACUCCCCGCGCCUCUCCUCGCGCUGGAAACCAUCAGAUCUCCUACUAUUAUACCGAUCAAUACCGUCCCGAUGACGCCGCUCGAGAAUAUUUUCCUCCCAUGCCGCUCCACUCUCCUCACCUUGCUCACGUUCCUCAUCCCAACUCGGUUUCCCAUUCCAUGGCCGUCUUGACCACCGGUCAGCUGCCCCCUCUACCUAGUCCCGGCUCCCACGGCCAGAGAAGGCACGCAAGGCCAAAAUAUGGAAGGCAGCACACGAGCAGUCCAACCAUCCUCCACACCGUUCAGCCGAAUGGUCAAAUCGGGGAGGAUGCUCAGCUCUUUGUUUUUUUUGGUACAGAAUCUAAAGCACAGCUCAAUGGGCCCGCCCCUUCGGCGGCCCCUCUUCCUACCCCUCCGACUCAGGGCCCGAACGAACACAAGCCCUCGAUCACGCCCCCCAAUCGAGUCUCGUCUCCACAUCCUGGGCAGAAACUCAGGAGACGGAAAGGUCCUGCUUUCGGCCGGUCUGUCAACGGUGAUCUACAGGCUCCUCCUAAGUCUCUGCCUGCUGCUGCAAGUCUGUUGGACGGAACAGUCCCUCCCAUCAAUGUCUUGUUGGUGGAGGACAACGUCAUCAACCUGAAAUUGCUCGAGGCCUUUAUGAAACGCCUGAAGGUGCGAUGGAAGUCUGCCAUGAAUGGUAAGGAAGCAGUGGCUAUGUGGAGGACAGGUGGAUUUCAUUUGGUCUUGAUGGAUAUCCAGCUGCCGGUAAUGAAUGGCCUGGAAGCCACCAAAGAGAUCCGACGACUCGAGGCUGUGAACGGCAUUGGCGUUUUCAGUGGCAGCCCCAUCGAGACCGCCCUGAGGAAUCCCCAGAUGAAUGGCGGUCCUGUGGGCGAGGCCGAUGCCCUACCUGACCGCAGCUUGUUCAAAAGUCCCGUCAUCAUUGUGGCUUUGACUGCCAGUAGUUUGCAGAGUGACAGGCACGAAGCAUUGGCCGCUGGCUGUAACGACUUCUUGACAAAGCCGGUCAACUUUGUGUGGAUGGAGCGCAAAGUCACGGAAUGGGGCUGUAUGCAAGCAUUGAUCGAUUAUGAUGGGUGGCGGAAGUGGAAGCAGUAUGCCGCUGAUAAGGCUGCUGAAGACCCAGCCAAGAAGGCGGCCGAAGAAAAAGACGAAAAGGCCAAAGCAAAGGCCGCGCUCAAAGCCAUGUUCUCGAGACCGCCGCCGACUACAAAGAAGGACAAGGACAGUGGAACAAGCAGUGGAUCUACCACCACCGCCACCACCACAACAACAACUACGGCGGCGACAACAACCAAUGCCAGCACCGAGAGAACAUCAACUCCGGUGCAGAAUGGAACGGCUAAAAAAGGGAGCGGUUCGAGUCAAGGCUCAAAUACAAGAACCCACAAGAGUAGUCGAAGUAAUGCUAGCGGAGGUGGGGGAAGUUUGGAAAGCAUGGCAGAGGAGGACGAAAAGGCAGCAUGA